CCUAGCACCGUAAUGGACGAACUGUUUGAUUAUGUGUGUGUGUGUGUGUGUGUGUGUUUUACGAGGGUCGAGUCCUCUGCCUGGAUUAUUCCUACUCAAGUGAGACUCUACGAGCAGACAAGUAUUUUAAAGCAGUUUAAUAAAAAAAUAUUGAUGACAUUACAUUUGAUACAGUAUUCAAAAUGAACUACAGUGAACGAUAUUUGAAAAUUAUGGGAAAUGUAUAUUAAGAGCGACGUAAUAGCACGACGUAAUAGCUAAGGUGUUGUGUAAAGAACCCGGGUGGUGUAAGGAGGAAUUACUGUAAGCCAUCGUGAGAGGUGAGACAAGAUGGCCGACCUCCCACUACCUCCGGAAGAUUAUGAUAUGAUCAUCCCGCCCCCUCCCGUCGACUACGAUAUCGGUCUUCUUCCGCCCCCACCUCCCCCACCCACCGACUAUAACAUAGCUCAGCUCCCGCCCCCACCUCCCCCACCUACAGACUAUAAUAUAGCUCAGCUCCCACCCCCGCCUCCCUCACCUACAGACUAUAAUAUAGCUCAGCUGCCACCCCCGCCGCCCCCACCCACCGACUACGACAACGCCCCACCACCAGCGCCUCCACCGGACUACGACUUGCCGUCUCCUCCCCGCCACUCCAGGAGAGGUAAGGAGACCUCCCCAGGACCUCCUGCCAUUCCACCAGCCCCACUGGAGGAGGGGCUCCUACAGCAGUCUCAUUCCAAGCGCGCCUCCAAUGUCUCUCAACGUUACUACCUGGAUGCUGACUACGAAAGCCUCAGCAGUACCCGCCAACCAAACUGCCGCACGUCGUCUUCCGCUCUUGAUGGCGAGAGUAAGGCUGGCCGGAGUGCGGCCAGCGGUCCGCUGAGCGCGGGCAACCGUAGGAAUGAGAUGGUAGGCGGGAAGACGCACAAGAGCGGACGGACGAGCAUGGUCUCGGGCCCUGGCGGGGCGACGAUGCAGCGAAGGGCUUCCUCGGCCUCUGUGGCCGCCUACACGCAGCCCUUCAUGAUGAACGCCCAAGCCCAAGACAGUCUCUAUGGCACCAUAAGUCGCGCUUCCAGGAUCUCCACUCAGUACCAACCGCAUUCUGCAGUGGAGGCGUAUGGCACUAUCAGGCGGAACCACGGCAAGCACCGCGUCACCUCCAUUGACUACACCGACCCGGCCAUGUUUACAACCCCGCCCUUCGCCUCUGACAAGGACCUGCGCGCCCUCCAGUGGGAGCAGCAGUCGUCAGCCACACUCACACGAGGGAGUAGUGGGCAGUCACUGGGCAGCAUGUCGCUGUCGUCCGGGUCAGUGGGUGUAAGCGACCUGUCUACCAUACCUCAGGAGGGCGCGCUCACCGCCUCCGCCGGGGACCUCUCCUCCAGGCGACUCAAGCCCGCACCUUGUAUCGUCAGCGGUGGCAGAGUCGGAAUGGCAGGGGAACGUGUAACAAUCACUGAUGCCCUGAGCAAUGUCGAUGUUUUGGAUGAUUUGCCGCUGCCUGACCAGCAGCCUGUUAUUGAGGCACAGGCAUGCUCGGUUGUGUAUAUUGCAAAUUUUGAUACAAACUUUGAAGAUCGUAUGGCAUACGUAACAGGGGUGGCAAAGUACAUGGAAGAAGCUGCUACUCAUGCAGAGCUGAACAAACUACUAGAGGAAGGGGAGCAGCAUGCGGUAAUGCUGUAUACGUGGCGUUGCUGUUCCCGGGCUAUCCCACAGCCCAAGUCAAAUGAGCAGCCUAACCGUGUUGAAAUAUAUGAAAAAACAGUGAGAGUACUCUCUGAUGAGGUGAAGAAAUUAACAAAAUUCAUGAACUUUCAGCGCAAAGCUAUUGAUGUCUUCUGCACCCAAGUGAAGCGACUGUGCCAUCAAGAGAAGAGAAAAGACUUUGUAUCUGAAGCCUAUCUACUUACCCUUGGAAAAUUCAUUAAUAUGUUUGCAGUUUUAGAUGAAUUGAAAAAUAUGAAGUCUAGUGUUAAAAAUGACUAUUCUACAUACAGAAGAGCUGCACAGUUCCUGAAAGUGAUGAGUGAUACACAAUCUCUCCAGGAGUCACAAAAUCUCUCUAUGUUCCUGGCCACUCAGAACAAAAUACGCGACACACUCAAGGAGAAGCUAACAGCAAUCCCGUCAUAUGAAGAUCUUCUUUGUGAGGUGGUAAAUAUCUCAGUUCACAUGUUUGAGAACCGCAUGUACCUGACACCUAAGGAGAAACAGAUGUUGGUGAAGGUGAUGGGCUUUGGCCUCUUUCUCAUUGAUUCAGAAAUCUGCAACAUAAACAAACUUGACCAGAAAAAGAAGAUAAAGCUGGAUAAAAUUGACAAAAUUUUUAAGAAUUUGGAAGUUGUGCCAUUGUUUGGAGACAUGCAGAUUGCCCCCUUCAAUUACAUAAAGAGGAGCAAGAACUUUGAUGCCAAGAUGUGGCCAAUGUGUAGUGCAUCAUCAAUAAGCCCUCAGGCAGACCUUAUGUGCCACCUGCCGCGAAUACGUGAAGAACACAUCAAGUACAUCUCUGACCUCGCUAGAUACAGUAAUGAGGUUAUUACUACUUACAAGGAAACUGCUAGAACUGAUGCAGAGAACAAAGACAUAGCAGAUCUGGCCCUUCGUGGUCUGCAGCUGCUCAGUGAAUGGACGAGUGUUGUCACAGAAUUGUACUCGUGGAAACUUCUUCACCCAACUGACCACCACUCAAACAACCAUUGUCCAGUUGAUGCUGAGGAAUAUGAAAGGGCCACUCGUUACAAUUACACGGAUGAAGAGAAGUUUGCCUUGAUUGAAGUCAUUGCCAUGAUCAAGGGACUUCAGGUGUUAAUGGCACGCAUGGAGACUGUCUUUCUUGACUCUAUCCGACGCAACAUUUACCAAGAAUUGCAAGACUUUGUGCAGCUUACCCUAAGAGAUCCCCUUCGUAAAGCUAUCAAAAACAAAAAGGAAUUAUUAAGAACCAUACUUGUAUCGGUGAGAGAAACUAGUGCAGACUGGAGUAAAGGGAUGGAACCUCCAGAAGAUCCUGCUCUCAAGGGAAAGAAAGACCCCGACAAUGGUUUUGAGAUUAAGGUCCAAAGAAGAAAUGUUGGGCCCUCUUCGACACAGCUUUAUAUGGUGCGGACGAUGCUGGAGUCCCUCAUCUCUGACAAGUCUGGUGGGAAGAAGACGCUGAGGAAGGAGCUUGAUGGCCAACACCUUUGUCAGAUUGAUGAGUUUCAUAAGACAUCAUUUUUCUGGACUUAUCUCAUCAAUUUCAGUGAAACGUUACAGUUUUGCUGCGAUCUCUCUCAGUUGUGGUAUCGUGAGUUCUACUUGGAAAUGACAAUGGGUCGGAGAAUACAGACGUGCACAGUGGAACACCAGCACAAUGAGGAAUGCAAAGACUUGGUGGUCAUGGAGAAGCGCAUUCAGUUCCCCAUUGAGAUGUCUAUGCCAUGGAUCUUGACAGAUCACAUCCUUCGCUCCAAGGAUGCAUCAAUGAUGGAAUGUGUCCUAUAUCCAUUAGAUUUAUACAAUGACAGUGCUUACUACGCACUCACUCACUUCCGCAAGCAGUUUCUCUACGACGAGAUUGAGGCAGAGGUCAACUUGUGCUUUGAUCAGUUUGUUUUCAAGUUAUCUGAGCAGGUGUUUGCCUAUUAUAAACAUCUUGCUGGCAGUAUACUUCUGGAUAAACGCUUCCGAAGUGAAUGCAGUCAACACAACAUGAGAAUUCACUAUCCACCAGCUAACAGGUAUGAAACUUUGCUGAAGCAGCGCCACGUCCAGCUCCUGGGGCGUAGCAUUGACCUGAACAAGCUUAUCUGUCAGCGCAUUAAUGCCUCCAUGCACAAAUCUCUGGAAGUGGCCAUCUCUCGCUUUGAAGGGGCGGACAUUACUUCCGUUGUGGAACUGGAAGGUCUGAUUGAGGUUAACAAGUUGACUCAUAAAUUACUGUGCCAGUUAUUGGUAUUGGAUGACUUUGAUGCUCAGCUCCGGGAAGCUAACCACAAUGUACUGGCUCCCUACGGCAGAACCACUCUUCAUGUCUUCUGGGAACUCAACUAUGAUUUCUUACCAAAUUAUUGCUAUAAUGCAGCAACUGGCAGAUUUGUGAAGGCAGUAGUGACAACUUUUGCUCAGGCAGUACAGAGAGACAAGCCUCCAAAUGUAGCCCCAUACAUGGUUUGGGGAAGUAAAGCACUCAAUGUUGCUUAUAGCACAAUAUAUUCACAGUAUUCCGGUUUCCUGGGACCACCUCACCUACGCUCUAUUGUACGUGUAUUGGGGUACCAGGGCAUUGCUGUUGUGAUGCAAGAGUUGCUUGAGAUCAUUCACUCCCUCAUUCAAGGAAAUAUUCUGCAGUUUACUAAAACACUUCUCCAAGCCAUGCCAAAGCAGUGCAAACUUCCCAGAUAUGACUAUGGUUCUCCAGGUGUCUUGGGUUAUUACCAUGCUCAGCUGAAUGACAUUGUGCAGUAUCCAGAUGCGAGAGCAGAUCUUUUCCACCACUUUAGGGAGCUGGGCAAUGCUCUCCUCUUCUGCUUGUUAAUAGAGCAAUCACUCACGUUGGAGGAGGUGUGUGACCUCUUGCAGGCAGCUCCGUUCCAGAAUAUUUUACCAAGGCCAUUUUGCAAAGAGGGUGAGAAGCCCGAAACCAAGCAAAAACGUCUCGAGGCUAAAUAUGCUCCUCUACAGAUUGUAUCCAAUAUCGAGAGACUCGGGACAGCAAAGCAAGCUAUGAUUGCCAGAGAGGGAGACUUAUUGACAAGAGAGAGACUAUGUUGUGGCCUUUCAAUUUUUGAGGUAAUUCUGACGAGAAUUCAAACUUUCCUUGAAGAUCCAAUUUGGCACGGAUCUCCGCCUGCUAAUGGUGUAAUGAAUGUGGACGAAUGCACGGAGUUCCAUCGCCUGUGGUCGGCACUUCAGUUUGUUAUGUGUAUUCCUGUAGGAGCUAACAACUUCACUGUUGAGCAACUAUUUGGUGAGGGUUUGAACUGGGCAGGCUGUUGCAUGAUAGUCCUCUUGACCCAACAACGAAGAUUUGAAGCCCUUGAUUUCUGCUAUCAUAUACUUCGUGUGCAGAAAGUGGAUGGCAAGGAUGAACAAAUUAAGGGAAUUCAAUUGAAAAGGAUGUGUGACCGCAUCAGACGGUUUCAGGUACUCAACUCGCAGAUUUUUGCUGUUCUCAAUAAGUAUCUGAAAACAAGCGAUCCCGAUAAUCUACCUGUGGAACACGUUCGUUGUUUCCAGCCACCUAUUCACCAAAGUCUUGCCAAUCAAACCUAUCAGCGACCAGACCACCUGCGCUGAGCCAGCUUUCAGUCUUGUAAUGUAUUAACUGCUGUACUUGUACAGGAUGUAGAUCCCACAGAUUUAUUCACUACGUGAUAAAUUGCAUCUUUAUAUAGACACUAUGCCUUGUGAAUUCAAAUUGAAAGUCAUUUUGGUUUGAAGAAAAGACUCCUCUUCAGUUGUUGGCAAGGUGUUAUGCAUAUUUGUUUUAGCAUUUUUAAAAAUCUGUUUAUUCGGUGUUUAAUAUAUUUUCUAAAUAGUGCAUACCUCAGGAAACAGGUAUAGAUAGAAGAAUAUUAGAUGGAUUUCUUGGGUGAAAUUAAAAAAAAUUGGUCAUAUUUGAAUUUCCUAGAAUUAAAUUUAAUAGCUUGAUGUGUCACUUCUCAGUUUGUUUACUUACAGAUCAUAAUAUCCUUACCUGUAAGAUGGUGUUGGGUGCUAAGGUUGCUCGUCAUGUGAUCAUCACUGUCAGUAUUGUCAUUGUUGCUGUAUAAAUGGUAUUACCGUGUAGUUGACAGCUGAAACAAUUUCGUAGUCACUUCAUUUGAACAAGUGAAGCUCCGGCUUCACUUACCAACCCGGCCUUAACAUUUGUGUGUAAAUCUUGCUCAAGCAUAUUUUUCUACUUUAAAUUUUUGUUGUUAAACAUUUAGUUCUGCCUCUUAACCUCUUUGGUUACUAUGAGAAAUUCUAAGUUGUGCCAAAACACUGGAAGCUCUCAAUGGUUAAAUUAACAUCAUUAAAGUUUUUGUGUUCCAUGUUGCUUUAUUCAAGUUGGUUAUAAAGUGUUUUUUGUAUUAUGUAAUGUCAAGGUAUUAAAAUUAAUGAGUUAAUAACUAGUAAGUUCAAAACUAUUUGUUAAACAAAAGGCAUGUAGAUUUUCUGAGAAACAAAUUUAUUGAAAUUACAAUGUCUUAAAUAUUUUUUGUACAUUUGAAAUCUGGUUUAAUGCCUAAAAUUUUUGAUAACAGUAUACAGUACUGUUAAUGCUCAAUUAGUUUAACACUCAUUGGGAUAAUUAUAAUUAAGGGAGUAGCUCUUUGGUUUUUGCUGUAAUGAAGUUGACAAAGGAGCAAAUUUGUUCCACCACUAAUUGUGCAGGAAACACUUCAGGUUCCAGGCAAGCAGUGCAUAGCCAACAUCUUUGUGCAGUGAUUAUAUCUGUCUAAUUGAUGCAGUGGUAAUGUUCAUCCAGAGUAUGUAUAUUAAUCAGGUACUCUUGGUAAUUGCCAAUGCUCCUCGACUGGUACUGAGAGUUAACAUGAGGAGUAAAGAAGGCUGUGAAUGAAAUGAAACAUUUCAUUUGUAUUAUCGCGCAUAAAUGCUACUGGCAUCAUGAAUAACAUUCUGAAGUUGUAAUUUCUUAUUUCUUUGCACAAAUGUGGGGAAGGAAAUUUUCUGAAAGCACAUGGAGAAAUGUGAAGUAGUUUUAGUUUGUGGAGGAGGCAUUUCAUGGUACCAUAUUGUGCAAUAGAGAGCAGAUUAUGAGAUAUAGUACACAGGUAAAGGAUAAAAUAUGUAAACAUAGUUCUCGAGUCAUAUGGCAAAAUCUAUUAUUUAUUAUGUUUUGAAAAAAAUUUCACGAGUCAAAUAUGGUAUGGAUUAUUGGUUUGUGCAUGGUUCAAAAUUGGCAGUUUAACCUUUAGAUAAAACAGGACUAGCAAAGUUUUGUAAAUCUAGAUUAAAAUUUUAUGCAAAUGAUUAGAGAUUUCAUUCUGAUUUUUCUGACAUUAGUGCUUAAUAACUGAUGAAUGUUUUGUACGAUAAAGAGGAGUGAUUGUAGGAGGGUACAUGUCCUCUGAUGUAGAGACUUGGGUAUGGAUUAGGUAGUCUUAACUCUUGAGAUGUGAGAUGUUAAUGACAUUGUGUUUUCAUUCCACUUACAAAAACCUGAGAAGAGAUUCAUUAAUAGAACUUCUUAAGCUCUGAUAAUAAUUAAUCAAAAGUAGUCUUAUGUGUCUAUGAACUGAAACAAAAAGUAAAUUUCAAACUGUUUAACGAUAUGAAGUUCUUGAUUUACUUAAACAUGGAUUAAUAGGUAUAGUUUUCCUUUCCUAGUGCACUGUAAUAUUCAUUUCUAUAAUGAAGUUUCUAUAGUUCUUUUGGGAUAGGAAUGUGGACAAUAGGUAGAAAGUGCAGAAACAAGGACUUCAGCUUCCAUGUUUGCUGAAUGAAAACUUUUACUUUUGUGUUCUAUGAAGAAUAUGUAUAUUUUACACUAACUACUGAAACAAUCUUGGGUAUUUUUUCUAUUCACAUAUCACCGAUAAAAGUAAAUACUCAUAUAUUUUAUACUAGAUAUGUGCGAUGAAUUCAAGUGGACCUCGCGUUACUUCUCUUGAUCAAUUUCUAGUACUGUAUAUAUAUAUAUAAUGUAAUUUAACUUAUUCUGUAUCUGAUGCUUUGCUUUUACCAUCCUUGCAAUUUUCUGGGAGAAUAAUACAUUUCUUGACACCUUUUAAGAGGACAAACAAAAAAUAUUGAAGACAGACAUCAGCAACAAGGAACUCCUCCUCCUCCUCCUUUGGUUGAUAGGUAGUGAAUUGACUGCUGUGUGGUGGUGCUAGUGCACUGGAUUGAGAAGGAAGGAACUGGUGUAGUACUGUAACCAUUUCCAAGAAAGUAAGGAGCAGUUGAGACCAUCUUUGUGUAAAACUUUUUUUUUUUUUUAUCCAUUUCGGUUGAUUGUUACAGCCAUCUAUGUAGCAUCACUAAGUUGAAUAGCAAAAUCAUUCUCUGUAUUAGUUAUGUUUGCUAUUUUUUUUGACAAGUGCAGUAACUUGGUUUUAUAGAAAAUAGUUGAAAAAUAUAAAAGCUUAAGUUGUUUAUUAUACCAAAGUCUACCAGAUUAUAUAAUUUAAGUAUUCUUAUGUUGUAUUGUUAAUGCACUCCUAAUACGGUACAUUCAUCUUUAUACCAAAAGUUUAUGUAAAAAAAUAAAAUGAAGACUAAUUAUGUAACUGACAAAUAUAGAAUAGCUUUCAAGUUCAGAAUCAGUUAGGAAAGAGUGGUGCAUAUUGUAUAUUCUUACUGAGGGACAGUAUAUUCUAGAUCAUUUUACAUAUCCUUUAAUGUCAAUCUAAGAUAACAAAAUUUUUUACAAGAUUAAUGUAUGUAAAGGUAGACUAAUUAAUUGACCAAAACUAAAUUUUAUUAAAAUGGUAUUUAUGAACAGCACAAACUCUCACAGUUUAAUUUUGUAUUAUCCUUUAAAGCACAUUUCAUGUGGAAAUUGAACUAUUUAUCACUAAUCACUUCAUAUUACUGCCUUAGUGUAGUGGAUUAUUUAGGUUUGUACUGUAUAUAUUAUUACAUAACUUCCCUACUCUAGUUAUAAAUAUAUAUAUUUUGCCUCUAUUCAUUUUUCGUGAAGUAUCUUGUUAUAACAUGUUACCAAUAUUGGCCAUUUAUGUGAUGCCCGAGGGUUAUGUGCACAAGCGUUAGAGCAAAAUAACCUGUGACUUUACCAAAUUUUUUUAUACCGAAUUGUUGUUGUUAAAUAAUUGUGGAAGUGUCGUCUGACUCGGUGGUUGUUGAAAGCCACCCAUUUAAAAUGCCAGUUAAAUAGAUGUUCAAAGCCGUCUGUGUUCAGGACACUAAUUUGAGUAUUUUUCACAUAUAGAUUGAAUAACAUUAAUAUUCUAAUCUUCUGUUGUACAUUUUUUUAUAUUUUGUUUGUCCUUGUGCAUGUAUUACUCUUAAUUAAUGGAGGUGUUGUGAUAAAAAUUAAUGACAUUUCUGUAUUGUAUGUUAUUCUGUGACAUUAUAUCAAUAAUGAUGUAUUGUUAGUACCUUGAAAAGUAAGUUAGAGCUCUCAUCACUGCUGACAGUACAUGUAUAGCAAUACCAGUAUGUGCCAGAAUUUUAUUUUUUUUUUUUUCAGAUAAUGUAGGAUACAGUAUUUUGUUUGCCACUCAAUAAGUCAAGCCACAAAUAACUUUCUGGAGAAUUCAUGUAUAUUAUUAAACUUUUUAUCAAUAAAUCAACUUGCAUGAAUCUCA